AAUGAGAGGAAAAAAACAAAAAACACUCUGAUCAAAUUUUGCAAUAGCUUCUACUAAAAAUUUCACCAAACCGAACACCUUCUCUGCCUCCCUCCCCUCUGUCGCUCGGUUUGUGAUCUGAAUCACUAUGGCUACAAUUUCAAAGCUAUCAAAUCCAAGCCCUGCUGCCUCUCUACCAGCUCCUUCUUCUUCUUCUUCUUUGCCUAGAGUUUUCCUUGGUUUCAAUACCAAAACUUCUUUCUCCAAAGUUGCAUCAUCUUCUUCUAGGUUGUCUUUGACAAACACCCAACCUUGGAGGACCUCCUUUGUUGUCAGGUGCUCUCAAUCCAGUGGAAAUGGUAGUCCGAUAAAGAGAACUACCCUUCAUGAUCUCUAUGAACGGGAGGGGCAGAGUCCAUGGUAUGACAACCUCUGCAGGCCUGUGACGGAUCUGAUUCCUCUGAUCGAGAGUGGAGUCAGAGGUGUAACGAGUAACCCAGCGAUUUUCCAGAAGGCAAUAUCAUCUUCAAAUGCUUACAAUGACCAAUUCAGAGAACUUGUGCAAGCGGGAAAAGACAUUGAAACUGCUUACUGGGAACUUGUGGUGAAGGACAUACAAGACGCAUGCAAACUUUUUGAGCCAAUAUAUGAUCAAACAGAUGGUGGUGAUGGCUAUGUUUCUGUUGAAGUGUCUCCCAGACUAGCUGAUGAUACUCAAGGGACUGUUGAGGCUGCAAAGUGGCUUCAUAAAGUGGUUGAUCGCCCCAACGUGUACAUUAAAAUUCCAGCUACUGCUCCUUGCAUCCCCUCAAUCAAGGAAGUUAUUUCUCUUGGCAUCAGUGUCAAUGUGACUCUGAUAUUCUCGCUCACUAGAUAUGAAGCGGUCAUUGAUGCCUACUUGGAUGGCCUUGAGGCAUCUGGACUAAGUGACCUCUCCAGAGUUACAAGUGUUGCUUCCUUCUUUGUCAGUAGGGUGGACACUCUCAUUGACAAAAUGCUAGAAAAGAUCGGAACCCCAGAAGCCCUUGAUCUACGAGGAAAGGCUGCUGUGGCUCAAGCAGGCCUAGCAUACAAGCUCUACCAAAAGAAAUUCUCUGGUCCAAGAUGGGAGGCUUUGGUGAAGAAAGGUGCUAAGAAGCAGAGGUUGCUGUGGGCAUCAACCAGUGUCAAGAACCCUGCCUACCCAGACACUUUAUAUGUUGCUCCCCUCAUUGGACCUGACACAGUCUCAACCAUGCCUGACCAAGCUCUCCAAGCAUUUGUUGAUCAUGGAAGUGUUGCAAGGACAAUCGACUCAAAUGUUUCUGAAGCUGAAGGAAUUUACAAUGCACUUGAGAAGUUGGGAAUUGAUUGGGGCUACGUGGGAGACCAACUUGAAGUUGAAGGAGUGGAUUCUUUCAAGAAGAGCUUCGAUAGCCUGCUUGAUACCCUGCAAGAGAAGGCAAAUUCUCUGAAAUUGGUUAGCCCGUAAGCCUUUUAUUAUUUGCUUAUAGUAUGAAUUCAAUGUAAUAAAAGAGGGCAUCGAUCUUGCCGUAGAAAAGAAAACCCAUCGGUGAGUGCUGUGUAAGAAGUUAACUGCGUAUAAUAAGGAAUCGUAAAAAUCCACUCUGAAAUAUAUUCUAAAGAUAGAUUUAUUUUAUGUUUUUA